AUGUUCUCACGUUUGUGCUUGUGUGCAGCGCUUGCAGCUCUGACUGCUGCAUCGCCUGGACUCCGAGGCUUAACAAAUACAAGCGACAGCACCGCGGCACAGCGCUCCGCAACGGGCUGCGACUGCUCCUGGCUUGCGCGCGAUGACUGCAUCAGCCAGGAUGCCUGUGCAGUCUCCUGCCGCCAAUCGCAUGGGUCACCUUGCACAGCGGGGACACCUGGGGCCCCCGCUGGGGCGCCAAGCAAUGCAGCAUGCCAGGCAAGUUGUGAUUCCAGCUUUGGCAGUUGCAACCGAUGGUGUCACAUUCCACCUGGCGGUGGUCCGUACUACACAGACGCAGAGGAGGAAGCACUGAAGGGCCAAAUCAUGCAGUGCGAAGGUGCAUGCACCGUGACACGCGGGACUUGCUACCAGAAUUGCUAG